ACCUGCUGGGGGGAAGCGUCAAGCCGCAAGAGCCAGUCCAGUCCAGCACGGAGCUUCGCCUUCUUGGCAGACCCUGCUGCGCCGUGCGCUGUUCUUCUUUUUGGAAGGGGACUGCACCACAUUUCUGUCAACUAAAACUGCUUUUAAUGGCAUGUGGCUUGUAACUUUACUUCUGCUGUAUUCUUUGCAAGAAGUCAACAGUGAGGAUGUUGUCUCUACGCGACUGUACUUUGUGAACGCAUCCCUGCAGCGGGUGACCUUCUCCAGCUCGGUGGGGGUGUCCCUGCCCUGCCCCGCGGGCGGCGCCCCCCAUGCCGUCCUGCGCUGGUACCUGGCUGCCGGAGACGACAUUUACGACGUACCCCACAUCCGCCACGUGCACGCCAACGGCACUCUCCAGCUCUACCCCUUCUCUCCGUCUGCCUACAACAGCAUCAUUCAUGACAACGAGUACUUCUGCACCGCCGAAAACCAGGCGGGAAAAAUCCGAAGCCCCAGCAUUCACAUCAAAUCAGUGUUCAGGGAGCCAUAUACAGUCCGUGUGGCUGACCAGCGCUCCAUGCGGGGUAAUGUCGCUGUCUUCAAGUGCCUCAUCCCCGCUGCUGUCCAGGAGUACGUCAGCGUGGUGUCCUGGGAGAAAGACACCGUGUCCAUUGUCCCAGGGAACCGUUUUUUCCUGACCUCAUUUGGCGCUCUGUAUAUCUCAGAAGUGCAGAAGGAAGACGCUCUGUCCACCUACCGCUGUAUCACAAAGCACAAGUACAGCGGAGAGACUCGGCAAAGCAAUGGAGCCAGGCUUUCUGUUAUGGACCCUACGGAGUCCACCCCGUCUGUGCUGGACAGUUUCCAGUCCGGUGAGGUGAAGGUAGGGCACAACGUGGAGCUGCCGUGCAUCGCAUCAGGCUACCCGAACCCCGCCAUCAGGUGGUUAAAGGACGGGCGGCCCCUGCCGAUAGAAUCCCGUUGGACGCGCCACAUCACAGGCCUCACGAUUUCCGACUUGAGGUUGGAGGACAGCGGCAACUACAUCUGUGAGGUCACCAACAGCUUCGGCUCCAAAGAGGUGACGGGUCACCUCAACGUCAUAGAGCCCCUGCAGGUCACCUUGUCCCCCAAGAACCUCAAGACAGGGAUCAGCAGCACGGUCAUCCUGUCCUGUGCCGUCCAGGGUUCUCCCCACUAUAUUGUGUCGUGGUACCGUAACACAGAGCCCGUCCUGCCUGACCAACACUUCUCCAUCCAGGGCGCUCACAACGAGACCUUGUUUAUUUCUGCUGCCCAAAAAAGACACUCAGGAGCCUACCAGUGCUUUGCCACGCGUAAGGGUCAAACUGCCCAGGACUUCUCAAUCAUUCUGCUGGAAGACGGCACACCACGUAUUGUGGCUUCCUUCAGCGAGAAGGUGGUGGUUCCGGGCGAGCCCUUUUCCCUGAUGUGUACCGCCAAAGGAGCCCCUCCCCCGACCAUCACCUGGACCCUGGACGACGAGCCGGUGGCCCGCGACCUGUCCCGCGUGCGAGCCAGCCAGUACACGCACUCGGACGGCAGCACAGUGAGCUACGUCAACGUCAGCAACCCCCAGAUUCGCGACGGAGGAUUGUAUCGGUGCGCCGCACGAAACUCGGCCGGUAGCGCCGAGUACCAAGCGCGCAUAAACGUAAGAGGUAAUCCGAGGAUUCGGCCGAUGAAAAACAUCACAGCGGUGGCAGGACGGAGCUCUUUUGUAAAUUGCCGGGUGAUCGGCUACCCGUACUAUUCCAUCAACUGGUUCAAGGAAGGACUUCUGCUGCCUGACAAUCAUCGUCAGGUGGUGUUCGAAAACGGCACCCUGAAGCUCACCGACGUCCAGAAGGGGAUGGACGAGGGGGCGUACAUCUGCAGCGUGCUCAUACAACCUCAGCUCUUCAUCAAGCAGACUGUUUAUGUCACCGUCAAAGUUCCUCCGCUGAUCCAACCGUUCGACUUCCCGCCGACCUCCAUCGGUAAGCUGAUGUACAUCGCCUGCGUGGUGGCGUCCGGCGACAUGCCCAUACGCAUCACGUGGCGCAAGGACGGCCAGGAGAUCGUGCCUUCGUCGGGCAUCACCAUAGACACCAAGGAGUUCAUGAGCUCCCUGCAAAUCUCCAAGGUGUCGCUCAAGCACAACGGCAACUACACCUGCAUCGCCAGCAACGACGCCGCCACUGUGAGCACUGAGAGGCAGCUCACAGUCACAGUGCCUCCUCGUUUUGUGGUGCAGCCCAACAACCAGGAUGGAAUCUACGGGAGAUCUGGGAUUUUAAACUGCUCGGUUGAUGGGUACCCUCCUCCUAAGGUCAUGUGGAAGCAUGCCAAAAGUGCACUAGCUGGUAUUGGGAGUCCACAGCAGUACCACCCUGUGCCUCUGACGGGCCGCAUACAGAUCAUGAAUAAUGGCUCGCUGCUCAUCCGACACGUCCUGGAGGAGGACCGGGGCUUUUACCUGUGCCAGGCAUCCAACGGGGUGGGCUCCGACAUCAGCAAGAGCAUGGUGCUCACUGUUAAGAUCCCAGCCAUGAUCACAAGCCACCCCAACACCACCAUGGCCAAGAAGGGUCACGUUAAGGAGCUGAACUGCACCGCCAGGGGAGAAUGGCCCAUCAUCAUUCGCUGGGAGAGAGGCGACACGGUCAUCGACCCUGACCGCAAUCCCCGCUACUCUAUUACCACCAGCCCCAACGAGAAGACGGACGAGGUGUUGUCCACGCUCAAGCUGAAGCCAGCAGAGCGUGAGGAUUCUGUCUUUUUCUCCUGUCACGCCAUCAACUCGUAUGGUGAAGGGCGAGGGCUCAUUCAGCUCACGGUGCAAGAGCCUCCGGACCCUCCAGAACUGGAAGUGCGAGAAGUGAAAGAUCGCAGUAUGAACUUACGGUGGACUCAGAGGUUUGAUGGCAACAGCGUCAUCACCUCAUAUGACAUUGAGUAUAAGAACAAGACCGAUUCUUGGGAGCUGAAGCAUGCCACUCGUAACAUCUCCCCCACCAACAAUCAGGCCAACAUAGUGGACCUCCACCCCGCCUCCGUCUACAGCAUCCGCAUGUACUCCUACAACUCCAUCGGCAAGAGUGAGGCCAGUAAAGAGCUAACCAUCAGCACUGAGGAAGCUCAACCUGACGGUCCUCCUAUAGACGUAAUCCUGCAGCCGGUGACCUCUCAGAGUAUCCGGGUCACUUGGAAGGCUCCCAGGAAGGAUCUUCAAAAUGGAGUAAUCCGGGGUUACCAGAUCGGUUACAGAGAGAACGGCCCAGGCAGCAAUGGCCAGUACAGCAUUGUGGAGAUGAAGGCGACUGGCGACAGCGAAGUGUACACACUAGACAACCUUAAGAAGUUUGCCCAGUACGGCGUGGUGGUCCAGGCCUUCAACAGAGCCGGGACCGGGCCUUCCAGCUCUGAGAUCAACGCCACCACACUAGAAGAUGUUCCCAGCCAGCCUCCUCAAAAUGUCCGUGCCAUCUCCGUCACGUCGGACGAGGCCGUCAUCUCCUGGGCUGAACCCCCCAGGAUGACCCUGCACGGCAUUCUGAAGGGUUACCGUGUCGUCUUUUGGCCGAUCUUCCCGGACGGAGAGUGGGGUGAGAUGCAGAACAUCACCACCACCAAGGAGCAGGUGGAGCUAAGAGGCUUGGAGAAGUUCACCAACUACAGCAUCCAGGUUCUGGCCUACACUCAGGCUGGCGAUGGCGUGCGCAGCAAAGUCCUGUACCUCCAGACCCGAGAAGACUACCCUGGCCCCCCAGCUGGCAUCAAGGCUGUGCCCUCCUCUGCCAGCAGUGUCGUGGUGUCCUGGUUACCCCCUCAUAAACCAAAUGGUAUCAUCCGCAAGUACACCAUCUACUGCUCCAGCCCUGGAUCGGGCCAACCGAUGCCCAGCGAAUACGAAGCACACCCAGAGCUCGUCUUCUACCGCAUCAGCCACCUUAACCACAGGCAGCAGUACCUGAUCUGGGCCGCAGCCGUCACCACUGCCGGACGGGGGAAUUUUAGUGAUAAGGUCACCGUGGAGCCUGCUGCCAAGGCCCCAGCUAAGAUCCUGUCAUUCGGGAGGACGGUCACCACUCCAUGGAUGAAAGAGGUUCGACUGCCCUGCAACUCUGUAGGAGAGCCGACACCGAGUAUUAAGUGGACUAAAGACAGUGAGAACACCGCCAUCCCAGUGUCUCUGGAUGGACAGCGCCUCAUCAUGACUAAUGGCACGCUGGUGCUGCGCUCUGUCAAAGCAGAAGAUUCUGGGUACUACACCUGCACGGCCACCAACACGCUGGGCUUUGACACCAUCAUCGUCAAUCUUUUAGUGCAAGUUCCCCCAGACCAGCCUCGUCUCACUGUGUCCACCACGUCCACCUCCUCCAUCACGCUAGCCUGGAUACCAGGAGACAAUGGCGGAAGCUCCAUCAGAGGUUUUGUGCUGCAGUACUCCGUGGACAACACAGAGGAGUGGAAAGAUGUGUUCAUCAGUUCCACCGAGCGCUCCUUCAAACUGGACAACCUGCGCUGCGGCACCUGGUACAAAGUCAAGCUGGCGGCCAAGAACAGCGUGGGGGCGGGACGCAUCAGCGAGAUCAUCGAAGCAAAGACCCACGGCCGAGAGCCCCAGUUCAACAAGGACCAGCCUGUCUUCACCCACAUCAACUCAAGCCACGCCCGCCUCAAUCUGCAGGGCUGGGCCAGCGGCGGCUGUCCAAUCAGCGCCGUGACUCUGGAGUUUCGCCCGAAAGGAACGUGGGCAUGGCAGAACGUGCGCACCAACGCCACCACUGACGUGUUCCUGGCCGAGCUGCGUGAGGCCACCUGGUAUGAGCUGAAGAUGAAAGCCUGCAACAGCGCCGGUUGUGGCAACCAGAGCUCCCAGUUUGCCACUCUGGAUUAUGACGGCAGCACCAUUCCUCCAAUCAAGUCUCCCCUGGAAAAAAACGACGACGUGAAGAAGCUGUUUUCUAUCGGCUGCCCUGUGAUCCUGGUCACUCUUGGCGUGGCUCUCCUCUUCAUUAUACGCAAGAAACGCAAAGAAAAGAGGCUGAAGAGACUCCGAGAUGCCAAAAGCCUGGCGGAGAUGCUGAUCAGCAAGAACAACCGAAGCUUUGAUACCCCGGUGAAGGGGCCGCCUCAAGGCCCGCGCUUACACAUCGACAUCCCGAGAGUGCAGCUGCUGAUCGAAGACAAAGAGGGCAUCAAGCAGAUCGGUGAGGACAAGGCCACCAUACCUGUGACAGACACGGAGUUCAAUCAGACCGGGAACCCCCAAAGCUUCUGCGCAGGUGUGUCCGUUCACCACCCUGCUCUCAUCCAGAACACUGGUCCUUUGAUUGACAUGUCAGACAUCAGACCAGGAACCAACCCCGUUUCCAGGAAGAGCAUCAAGUCCGCCCACAGUAUAAGGAACCGCUACUCCAGUCAGUGGACUCUGACCAAGUGUCAGGCCUCCACACCGGCCCGCGUUCUCGCCUCAGACUGGCGCACCGUCAGCUCGCAGCAUGGCAUCACCGUCACCGAAAGUGACAGCUACAGCGCCAGCCUCUCGCAGGACACAGAUAAGGGUCGUAACAGCAUGGUGUCGACAGAAAGCGCCUCAUCCACCUAUGAGGAGCUGGCCAGGGCGUACGAGCACGCCAAACUGGAGGAGCACUUGCAACACGCCAAAUUUGAGAUCACCGAGUGCUUCAUCUCUGACAGCUCGUCCGACCAGAUGACCACGGGCACCAAUGACAACGGCGACAGCAUGACGUCCAUGAGUACGCCCUCAGAGCCUGGAAUUUGCAGAUUUACGGCCUCGCCGCCCAAACCCCAGGACUACGACCGAGGCAAGAAUGUUGCUGUGCCCAUCCCGCAUCGCGCCAAGAGUGACUACUGCAACAUCCCCCUCUACAUGAAGUCUGAUCCAUUCUUCCGAAAGCAGUCGGAGCAUCACGACCCGUGUCCAGUGGUCCCGCCCCGUGAAGCUUCCAUCCGUGGCCUGGCCCAGCGGGCCUACCACACCCAGGGCCGUCACAUGACUAUGGACUCUGCCAAGCAGCAGGCCGUUGCCAUGGGCCACUCCGGCCUGUCCAACCUCACGUCUUCUGGGGCUUCUACAGGAGGGGCUUCAGGAGGGAGUGCAGGAGGCAUGUCCACCAGCUCCAGCUGCUCCACGCUCCCCCAGAGGACUCUUACAAUGCCGGGCUCCUCAGCCACGGGGGCUCAGAGUGCGGCCGCGGCCACAGCGGCCGGAGCAUCGUCAUCCUCCAGCGGGGCGGCAGGGGCCACAGGAGGCACCCCUGGCGGCGCCUCCUCCAAGGUGGGAGGAUCCAGAGACUCUCUCUUGGAGAGCAGCUCAUCAGGCUUAGGCAGACUACAGAAGCAGAGGGAUGGAGGGGCGGGGGCCUAUUCCAAGUCCUACACACUGGUGUAGCCCGGGCAUCAUGGCGGCCUACCUCUGGAACUUCUAUUAAAAAGAUUAGCCAGCGCUUGUCGGGAGCCUCUAUUGACGAGCCUCCAUUGACAAGCGGGCUGAUGGAGACACCAACGCCCAGCUCAUCCAUCGGUGCCUGCACUGUGCCAGGCUGCAGGGGGCUGCUCGGGCUCCCAUCGACACUGCAGUAAGGAGGAGUUUGGGUCUCCACAGCACAUGGUGGUGGCCUUUAUUUCUGCCUGAUCACCUUUCUGUUACUACUGCGUUUCCCCAUCUCUUUAUCUAUCCGCUACACGCUUUCAUCUUCUGGUUGGGCCAACAUAUGCACAAAACCCUUUCGAGCGUGGUUUGUUUUCUGGUUGCUCCAAUGUCACAGCAGGGCGGCGACGUUUUCCGGAUGGGGAAACGGCGGCAUUGUGCCAUGACGGGAUGGUAAAGGUAAAGAUUCGACAAACAUCACAUUUACACUUGCACAAUUCAACAUGCACAAAAAGGAUCGGGAAGAAUCAGAUCUUAAUUUAUUCCUACGCCUUCUCCGUGUCCUGUAUUUUCAUGUUCGGAGGGAGGGAACAGAAUCCAAUGCAUUAAGCACCAGCGUUCGCUUCAUGGAACGUGGGGGAAUCUCUUUAACAUGCAAUGUAUUGAAGAUCUGAGUGUCAUGUGCACUUUGGUUCCGGGGAGGAGUCCUCAAGCCUACGUGUGUGUGGGUGUACAGUAUAUGUGUAAAUAUACAGUAUAUGUGUGGAGGGCACACAAUGUUUUUAUUUAAGGGUGCGUUCACACUUGUCGUGUUUGCUUGGAUUAAAAUUAACGCUGGUGUGUUUGCUCUGCUUGUACGAUUUGUAGUAUAUCCAUCGUUUAUUUUAGAAGCUUUUCAUGAAAUCUAAGCUGGUAAAUAACGCAAAAUCGAAAAAUAAGCUACCUAGGUCACAAAAGCUAUCCAAUCAUGUAGUUACUUGUGUUUUUACUGCACCGCGACAAAAAUGCCAGCUAAGCAAACUGUACCGAAGUGUGCACUAAGUAUUAUUUUUGGACCAGAGUACCGAACCACAAGUGUGAACCCAACCUUAUAGUCAGUACAGUGGUACCUCGGUUUUUGUAAGUAAUCCGCUCAAAAGGGUCAAAUUAAAGCAAUGUUUUUUGAAAAACAAAAACUAUAAAUCCAAAUCUGUUCCAGGCACUUCAAAUUAACAAUAUAUAUUUUAUAGGAAAUAAUUAUAGUUUUAUAUGCAGGAAACAACGUGAAAUACAUAUUAAGUUAAAGUACCAGUGAUUGUCACACACACACUAGGUGUGGCGAAAUUAUUCUCGGCAUUGGACCCAUCACCCUUGAUCACCCCCUGGGAGGUCAGGGGAGCAGUGGGCAGCAGCGGUGGCCGCGCCCAGGAAUCAUUUUUGGUGAUUUAAUCACCAAUUCCAACCCUUGAUGCUGAGUGCCAAGCAGGGAGGUAAUGGGUCCCAUUUUUAUAGUCUUUGGUAUGACUCGGCCGGGGUUUGAACUCACGACCUACCGAUCUCAGGGCGGACACUCUAAUACAGUGGUUCUCAACCUUUUUUCAGUGAUGUACCCCCUGUGAACAUUUUUUUAAUUCAAGUACCCCCUAAUCAGAGCAAAGCAUCUUUGGUUGAAAAAAAGAGACAAAGAAGUAAAAUACAGCACUAUGUCAUCAGUUUCUGAUUUAUUAAAUUGUAUAACAGUGCAAAAUAUUGCUCAUUUGUUGUGGUCUUUCUUGAACUAUUUGGAAAAAAAGAUAUAAAAAUAACUAAAAACUUGUUGAAAAAUAAACAAGUGAUUCAAUUAUAAAUAAAGAUUUCUACACAUGAAAGUAGUCAUCAACUUAAAGUGCCCUCUUUGGGGAUUGUAAUAGAGAUCCAUCUGGAUUCAUGAACUUAAUUCUAAACAUUUCUUCACAAAAAAAUAAUUCUUUAACAUCAAUAUUUAUGGAACAUGUCCACAAAAAAUCUAGCUGUCAACACUGAAUAUUGCAUUGUUGCAUUUCUUUUCACAGUUCUUUUUGACAGACAUUUUAGUGAGGGUCAAACCAUCAUGGCAUGGGGGAAACUCUGGGUUUAUGGUAAUGAAUGGAAUAGCCUACUUGAUUUGAUGUUCAGUUUAUAAACUUACAUUCAUAUUUUGUUGAAGUAUUAUUCAAUAAAUAUAUUUAUAAAGGAUUUUUGAAUUGUUGCUAUUUUUAGAAUAUUUAAAAAAAAUCUCACGUACCCCUUGGCAUACCUUCAAGUACCCCCAGGGGUACGCGUACCCCCAUUUGAGAACCACUGCUCUAAUAAAUGAUGAAUGAAAUGGAAGUAUGAAAAUUAUUGAAGACUAAUAAGCAGAGAGCCAGGAAUGAAAGGGAAGAGCCACACUGAGGACGUCUUUGUACAUUGCUACAAACUAUUUCUUGAAUUCAGAAUCAGAUUUAUUGACCAAGUAGGUUUAACACACAAGGAAUUUGACUUGGCUCUCGUGUUCAAUGUAAAACAAAUAUAAUAUAAAUGAUGAACUAAAACAAUAAACAAGUACUUAAACAAAUGUGUGCAAGGCUAUUAAUAGUGCAGUGGUGAAUAGAGCAAAGCAAAAAGAUGAUGAGGUGAGCGUGAUGUCAGGUUCAAAUACUGAUGACAUUUAAUAAACAAGACAAGAAGCAAGGAAUUACACGGAGACAGAAUUCAAUUUAGCUCAAUUGAGGAGAAACGCAUAGACACUGUAACCUUGUACAGUGUCGUCCCACGCUCUGACGAAAGAUUGUAUGCCUCCUCUUUUAUUUGGACUUUCCCUGAUUACAUGGCAACAGCUGUUUCGAAAGGAAGGGGGUGGUAAACAGCCGCUGCCUUUGGUCACAAAACAGUUCAAAGAAAAGGUGCCUGGAGGGUAGUCAGGCCCUGCUUCCUCUCAGCUUUUGUAGAUCUCGGGUCAAGACAAAAUCUUCCUGUGGAUUACAAUAGAAGAAAGAAACCGACGCCUUCAUGUCGCUUCCCAUCCUACACAGUGGAGUUUUACAAGCCUUUUGAUUGGUAAGAUCAAAGACAGCUUUUGUCCUCUCGCAGGGCGAGCUGAACUCACUGUAACACAAAGUUUUGUGAUAACUUAGAUACAAUUAUUCUGACACAUGAGUUAGUACAUUUAUAGUGACAGAGUAGUUCCAGAGUUAUUUCACAGCGUUUAUAGCCUGGGGGAAGAAACUGUUCUUAUGGCGGGCUUUUUUGGCAUACAGUGAUUUAGAAUGACUUUCUUUGGCCCCGCAAUGGCUUUUUUUUACAAUAGUACUCAGCAAAAAAAAAAAGACUGGUCAGCAAAGAACUACAAAGUCAGUCAGUGAUGAUGUCAUAGAAAGAACUGGGGGAUAAUUACUUCCUGGUUGGGAGUUGUUGUUUUCUAAUUAAGACGUGUUACGAACACAGUUCAGUUCCACUUUAUUUAUACAGCACGUCCCGUGCACAGGCAAGUGGCAACACAAAGUGCUUAACAGCAGAAAUAAGAGAAGAAAAUGCACACACAGCACUAUUGACAAUAACAUAACAUGGCACGGAGGAAAAACGCCACCAUCCACACUGAAGAAUAACUAAAAUGAACUCCAUCUAAAAAAAUAGUAUAAACAUUUACAAAUAUUUGUAAAAAAAAAAUUAAAUAAUAAAUGGAUAAAACAACAUUGAGAGAAUAAUGGUAGUAAUAAUAGCAAUAAAUAAAAUACAUUAAAAUCUAACAAUAAAAAUGAGGAAACAGGUUUAACAUGAUCAGUAAAAAGCCUGAUUAAAAAGGUACGUCUUUUACCUAACUAUCAACAGACUUACGUAGUGUAUUAAUAACAAAAAAACACCAGCUCGCCAACACAGAGGUUGUUCAGUCCCUCCAGGGUUUUGUGUGCUUUCUUUUUUUGUAAUUGCUGCAGCCUGCUGCAUGCCUGAAUUUGCGGCAGCUUUUUUUGAAAAUUCGGUCAAAAUUUGCGAUUUGAGUCUUGUUUUUUUUCAAUAGCAUUAAAUCAACCUGUGAUUUGAUCAACUUGUUAUCAGUGUUCUAAGUGUUCCUUGUAACCUAACCCUCAAAAAGCAGAGGAUUUCAACAAAAAUUUGAAAAAACAAAUAUUGUAUUGAUGUUUUACUUGUUUUUUUUACCACACAGACUUAAAGGACACACUGGACGGCAGUGAAAGCAUAAAUGUAAAGCUCAUUGUCAAAUGACUGUAUUUUUUGAAUAUUUAUACCUAAUAAUAGUAAUCAUUGAUCAAUAUUACAGUAAGAAUUUCCACCAAAAGCUUCUUUAUUGUCCGUUGUCGUCCAAAAGUUGCAGACCUUCCCCAUGAUUAUUUCACCCUUGAAAAGUGUUUGUCCAUCUUAAACAUUAAUUUAUGUUCCAACACAUUUACUCCAAAGAGCAUUUAACUGUUGAGAGCAAUCUAUAGCAGUAAUGUUUGUUGGUAAAUGAGAGAUUAUGGGAAAUUAUCGUCACACAUCAACAUCUCUAACAUGUAAAUGCUAAAGGUCACCAUUGCAAAUCAAAAGAUGUUCUUAAUUGCCUUACCCUAUAUAAAUAAAGCUUGGAUAUAUACAUACAUGUAGACUAG